AUGCUGCCGGUCCGGAUUUUGAAGGAGAACGCAGUUCAGGAACGAGGUGAGAAUGCGAGGUUAUCUUUGUUUGUUGGGGCCAUUGCCAUUGGAGACUUGGUAAAGUCCACCUUGGGACCUAAAGGAAUGGUAAGUUAGAUUGGAUGUAAUUUUAAUGUCUUUCAGGACAAAAUCCUUGUAAGCGGUAAUGCUCAAAACCAAAACAUCCAAGUGACUAAUGAUGGAGCCACCAUUUUGAGGUCGAUUGGUGUGGACAACCCUGCCGCUAAAGUUCUUGUUGGUAAGGGAAGCUAUCUUUGUUUCAAUUCUGUUUUUAGACAUAUCCUUGACUCAGGACAAGGAAGUUGGAGAUGGAACAACGUCAGUUGCUGUUUUUGCUGCAGAAUUGUUGAAAGAGGCUGAAAAACUCGUCAACAUGCGAGUUCAUCCUCAAAUCAUUGCUUCCGGAUUCAGGAAAGCGUUGAAGAUUGCUCAAGAUGCUUUGUUCAAGGCUUCCAACGCUUCUGGAGAUCAUCUCAGAGAAGACUUGUUGAAGAUUGCCAGGACAACCCUUGGUUCUAAGAUUCUGUCUCAGCAUUCCGAACAUUUCUCUCAGUUGGCUGUAGAUGCCAUCCUCAGAUUGAAGGGAACUUCAGCCAACCUUGAUGCUAUUCAAGUCAUUAAGAAGUUAGGAGGAUCCAUGGAGGACUCAUACCUCGAUGAAGGAUUUUUGUUGGAAAAGAAGCCGGGUAUGUAUCAGCCACAACGCGUUGAGAACGCUAAAAUUUUGUUGGCCAACACGCCAAUGGACACAGAUAAGAUCAAGGUGUUUGGAAGCAGAGUUCGUGUUGAUUCAGUUGCGAAGGUUGCCGAGAUUGAAGCCGCUGAACGAGAGAAGAUGAAGAACAAGGUGAGUAAUUAAGUUUGGGAUUUUAUAAUUAUUUUUAGGUGAAAAAGAUCUGCGCUCAUGAUAUUAAUGUAUUCAUCAACCGCCAGUUGAUCUACAACUACCCAGAACAGUUGUUUGCCGAUGAGAAGAUUAUGGCCAUCGAACAUGCUGACUUUGAAGGUAUUGAACGUUUGGCUCUCGUACUCGGUAUGUGUUUUUAUUGGAUUGUAAUAUUUCCAUAUUUUUGUACUUAUGCAUUGAACUAACUUCUAUAACGAGUUUCUAUAAAACUAAAUGGCUAAAAACUAAUUUUUUCAAUUCAGGAGGAGAAAUUGUUUCCACAUUUGACAACCCAGAGAAAGUCAAGAUCGGAAAGUGUGAUUUGAUUGAGCAAAUUACAAUUGGAGAAGACUCCCUUUUGCGGUUCUCUGGAGUGUCAUUGGGAGAAGCUUGUACCGUCGUGUUGAGAGGUGCUACCAACCAGAUUCUGGAUGAAGCCGAACGGUCGCUUCACGAUGCGCUUUGCGUUUUGUUGACUCACGUCAGAGAAGCCAGAACUGUUUCUGGAGCGGGAGCUGCUGAAACUCUGAUGGCCAGUGCUGUCAUCUUGGAAGCACAGAAGAUUGCUGGAAAGGAAUCUUUGGCAGUUGAAGCUUUUGCUCGUGCUCUACAACAACUCCCCACCAUUAUUUGUGAUAACGCUGGUUUUGACAGUGCUGAAAUCAUUUCGAAACUAAGAGCGGAACAUGCCAAUGGUAACCACGAGUAUGGAAUCGAUAUCGAGACUGGAAAAAUUGCAAAUGUAACAGAGAAGGGAGUUCUGGAAAGUUACAAUGUAAAGCUUUGUAUGAUCACCUCAGCUGCUGAAGCCGCGGAACAAGUAAGUAUCAUGAUUUAGUAAAUACUUCGAAAUUUUAAGUAAAAUCGUUAAGAUGAUAGUAUAUUUUACUUUUUUAAUUCGAAAAACUGUUUUGUUUUUGACAAUGCGUUUUUUCAGAUUCUGCGUGUGGAUGAUAUCAUAAAAUGUGCCCCAAGGCCCAGAAAACCCGACAACAGACCUUGUUAA